AUGGAAGCUACUGUUGAUUUCUCAGCCACCAUAAGUCCAUGGACCAAGGACAACUCUGCGUUUGUGGAAGAGGUCGAGAAGCAGAUUCUCAUGGAUGAGUAUCUCGUGGGGUUCUCUGAUAAGGAUCUGUGGCCGAAGCUCCAAGGGUUACAAGCCGCCAUCGCGACAACAGCUGAGACAGUGGCGGCGGCAGCAAAGUCAGAGUAUAACAUGGAGAAUGCCGGAUUCUGGAGACUGGGCAAGAAUUGGACAGCGACGGAUGAAUUCUCCAAGUACUUUGAUAAGGACGGCCGCCUUCGGGGCAUUUGCACAACGUCAAAGUACGAAAUCGAGACCAAUCCUGAAAAGGAGCUGCAAUACUGGCUUCCGUACUAUUACCAAACCUUGAAGCUGACGUACGACCCUCACGAAUGGCGCGAAUCCUCGGAUCUUUUGACACUGGCCAUGUGUGCACGGCUUCUCUGUCAAUUCUCAACAAAGUACAACGCCAGGUACUCAUGUAACCUAUAUACAUUGGAUCUGGCAUUUUAUACAUUUUGCGGAUAUUUCAUUGAAUGUUUUUAG